UCGGUGAUACUGCAAUACCGCGUAAGUAACAAUUGCAAAUACCGCGGAAGUACGAAAAAAUCAAAAUUGAAAUUUCGCGCCUAUGAAUUCUAGACAGCGAUUGGCAUCGUCACGUGUAACAACGCGAGCGCUAUAACCAAUCAAAUCGCUUCAAACUACACUUGUCGAAACCGCGUGAGUUGUGGACUGACGAUUUUAUCCUCAAUACCGCGUAUCUACACAGCAUUACUUGAAGCGUGUGGUCGUUGUUUGUGCCUCCGUAAUAUAAGUGAUUUUCAUUGAUAUUUUGGGAUCCAACGGUAAAAAAAAUAUUAUGGAAGAGAUAAAUGAUGAUGGUAUGAAGGUCACAACAUUGAGGGAUCUCCAAAAACGACGGCAAGAACUUCUUCGUAAAAGGCAGAGUGUUUUAGACAAAAAUCGUUCUCAAAAUCCAACCAUAUAUACCUAUCAUAAUAUACCUCAAAAAAUUCAUGAGUUACCCAAAAACUUAACAGAUGUUGAUGAGGAUAUAGCUAAUUGCGAUACGUUAACAACAUGUUUUCCCAUAUCUCCCAGUCAGGCUUCAUUCACUGCCAUUCCAGAUGCACAUACAGAACAAACAUUUGUUGUUUUACCUCCAGACUAUACUAGUACUUCAUCUACUUUUGUGCCAAUAUUCACUGAAGAAGUGGCUACAGAUUUUACUCAUUACGAUCCCAGUUCUUCAUCCAAUAUUAUCCCGAAUGUUGCAGAAGAAACAGUUAUACAAAUUCACCUUGAAAAUCCUAGCACUUCGUCCACUGAUGUCCCGCCUGUUGCUCAAGAAACCAUCGUACAUUUUUCUCCCGAUGACUCCACCACCGAUCCAGACUACGUGCCGUUAUCUGAUAUUACUAACAUAGAACCUAUGGAAUCUAAUGAUCCUGAAUGGUUUCCAGAAAGAAAUUUGGAACCAGAAGCUGGAAGAGACUCAAGGAAAAGAAAACGUAAAGCUGACUCUGAAACCUGGAAAAGACAACUAAACAAGAAGGAUAGAAUGUUAGGAAAAGCUUAUCUUGGAUUUAAGAAAGUAGGUAAUAAGUACCAUCAGAAAGAGCCGAAACCUGAAAGAUCUAUGGGCCCUAAGUGUAUGUCAGCAUUUUGUAUUCGCAGCAAAAUUUUUUGCCCAAACCUAUCUGAAGACAUUAGAAAGGACGUUUUCAAUCGUUUUUGGAGCAUGACAUGGUUUGAGAAAAAAAUGUAUGUAAGAUCAAUGAUUGACACGGAACACGUUAAAAGGAAGACUAUUGAAGGCAAUUCUAGACGAUCAGAUACUAAAUUAUAUUAUUUACAAAUAGAUGGCAAAAAGGAAAGAAAUAGGAACAGUAUUGUUUCUAACGCUCUCCUGAGAUUAGCGAUGGAUAAGAAAGUUACCAUUACACAGAAGUAUCUGGAGAAGGGCCACACGCAAAUGGAGGUGGAUUCGGUGCAUUCACUUAUUGAGAGAAAACUCAAAAAUGUCGAGAUUUUCCUGCCAUCGCAAUAUGCAACUAUUACCAAAGUUGCUCGAAAGAAUCCUUUUCCUUACAAAGUCGAACAACCCGAUCAUACCUUCUUCAAAGACUACAGUGUUAAAGAGUACCAAGUUUACGACUCUAUACGCCCUGGGCGUGUUUCUGGCGAUGAUUGUGUUGUGGACUUGCGAGUUUUGAAAUAUAAUCCUAAUGGGACUAUCGAGUUUAAAAAGCACUUCGAAAGUGAAUUUACUCCACUACCUCGAAGACCAAAGAAUAUUUCUACAUUGAUAAGCAACGUACCAAGGCUUUAUGAGUCUAGAUUGCCUAUCCUGGAAAGUAAAUAUGAGCAUUUGCAACAAUUAAAGACUGUUAUUCCUCGUGAUUGCUAUCAAUUUUACGAUGAUUUACCCUCUAAAAAAAAUAAGUUCCUAUAUCAAGAUUUAAGAUCUCAUUAG